AUGGCGUCUUCUGCUCCUCAUCCCACCUCCUCGACUUCUGAGGCUUCAAAACCUGCCGAAGGAGUGCAUGAUGUUGUCCCUGAGUCUGCGGCUCCCAAAGCCAAAGGUCCACCUGAAGGCAAGGACGGUAAGAAGAAGGAGAAAAAGGACAAGAAGGGAGGUGGUGGUAGUGGGGGACCAUUGGAGCUCAGUCCGCCUCCUGAGUACUUUGCAGAGAGGAUAAAGAUCUACGAGGAGUACAAAGCAAAGUAUGAGAAAUUCGUCUCUGAGCAAGAGCGUCGCCCCAUCACUGUAACUCUGCCCGAUGGCAAAGAAGUCUCUGGUACAGCAUGGGAGACAUCUCCGAUGGACGUUGCUCGUGGGAUCUCUCAGACUUUUGCCGAUAAAGUCAUCAUCGCCAAAGUGAACAAUCAAGAGUUAUGGGAUUUGAAUCGACCCUUGGAAGCCUCAUGUUCCCUCUCAUUACUGGACUUUGAUUCACCCGAGAACAACUACGAAGCUCGUCAGGUCUUCUGGCACAGUUCAGCACACGUCAUGGGCGAAGCGUGUGAGAGAAGUUUUGAAGGCUGUUGUCUCGGAUACGGACCGCCUCUGGAAGAAGGUGGUUUCUUCUAUGACAUGGCUCUGGGUGGACAGAGGACAAUCGGAUCGGAAGAUUACAAAGGCAUCGAGGAGGUUUGCAGGAUUGCGGUCAAGGAAAAGCAGGCGUUCGAGCGGCUGGAGCUGCCGAAAGAGGUCUUACUUGAGAUGUUCAAGUACAACAAAUACAAGCAACAUUAUAUCAAUGACAAGGUUCUCGACGGCACAAGCUCGACAGUCUACAAGUGUGGACCUUUGAUCGAUCUGUGCUUGGGACCUCACGUUCCUCAUACUGGCAGAAUCAAGUCUUUAGCCAUCACAAAGAAUUCCUCGUCGUACUUCCUAGGAGACGCCAAGAACGACACUUUCCAACGGGUGUACGGAAUCUCCUUCCCAGAUAGCAAGCAGAUGACGGAAUACAAGAAGUACCUGGAGGAAGCUGCAAAGAGGGAUCACAGACGAAUCGGGAAAGAUCAAGAGCUGUGGAUGUUUAGUGAUCUCAGUCCGGGCUCUGCGUUCUUCUUACCGAUGGGAAUGAGGAUAUAUAACACCUUGAUUCAGUUCAUCAAAGAAGAGUACUGGAAACGUGGAUUCACGGAGGUUCAAUCGCCAAAUCUGUUCAACAAGAAAUUAUGGGAACGUUCAGGUCACUGGCAACAUUAUUCCGAGGACAUUUUCAGGCUCAAAGUCGAUGAGGAGGAAUGGGCUGCGAAACCCAUGAAUUGUCCGGGACAUUGUGUCAUGUUCGAAUCGAGGGAGAGAUCGUACCGUGAACUGCCGAUCAGAAUGGCAGAAUUCGGUAUCCUGCACCGAAACGAAGCUAGCGGUGCUUUAUCCGGACUCUCGCGAGUCAGAAGAUUCGUCCAGGAUGAUGCCCACAUCUUCUGCACGGUCGAUCAGGUCGAAUCUGAGAUGGAGGCAGCUUUGGAUUUCCUGGAAGCUGUGUACAAGCCAUUCGGAUUCACAUACAAAGUCGGACUAUCCACUCGAAAUCCCAAAAAGUGGAUGGGAGACCUCAAAGUCUGGGAGAGCGCGGAGAACGACCUGAAAAAGGUUUUGGAGAAGCGCUUCCCAGGUCAAUGGCAUAUCAACGAAGAGGAUGCUGCAUUUUAUGGACCGAAACUCGAUUUCCAGCUCACAGAUGCUUUGAGGAGACAAUGGCAGUGCGGUACCAUCCAGCUCGACUUCAACUUGCCUGAGCGCUUCGAUCUGAAGUACCGUGGACCCGACGCCGCAGCUGGAAGUGCCGAUGGAUCCGACCUACACCGUCCGGUCAUGAUUCAUCGUGCCAUCUUGGGCAGUCUAGAGCGAUUCCUUUCGAUUAUUACCGAGUCUUACGGAGGGAGAUGGCCAUUCUGGCUGUCCCCUCGUCAAGUCAUCGUCAUCCCUGUGGCGGCUGCGCUCAAAGACUAUGCGAUCCAAGUGGCUCAGAAAUUCAAAGACGCAGGCAUGUUCGCGGAAGCUGAUCUUUCGGACAACACCUUGAACAAGAAGAUUCGAAAUGGACAGACAUCUCAAUGGAAUUUCAUCAUGGUCGUCGGUAACGAGGAGGCUUCAGCAGGGGCUGUCAACAUCAGGAACCGGGAUGAUGAGGUGCAAGGACGAGAAGAGAUCAUCAAGGUCGAUUUGGCGGUGGAAAAGUUGAAGAAGCUCAAGGAGAGCCGUGCAGCAGUCAGCAAAUUGGACUAG